GUCGCCGCUGCGAGCCGCGCGCGUGUGGAUGUGGCCGGCGCCGGGCUGCGAUGAGCAGCGGAGAAUGUGCGUGUGCCCCGGGCCCAGGCGGAGUGGAAUCCCAGCCAGAAGUUCCAGCUUGCCGCUGUUCACUGAUGCCAUGCCAGCACCAACGCAACUGUUCUUCCCUCUGCUCCGUAACUGUGAACUGAGCAGGAUCUAUGGCCCUGCAUGUUACUGCCACCACAAACACCUCUGCUGCUCACCUCCUUAUGUCUCCCAGAGCCGCCUGAGAUACACGCCUCACCCGGCAUAUGCCACCUUCUGCAGGCCAAAGGAGAAUUGGUGGCAGUACACCCAAGGGAGGCGAUACGCUUCCACACCGCAAAAAUUUUACCUCACGCCUCCGCAGGUCAACAGCAUCCUGAAAGCUAACGAGUACAGUUUCAAGGUGCCAGAAUUUGACGGCAAAAAUGUCAGUUCUGUCCUCGGAUUUGACAGCAAUCAGCUCCCGGCCAACGCUCCCAUCGAGGAUCGGAGAAGUGCCGCCACCUGCUUGCAGACCAGAGGGAUGCUUUUGGGGGUCUUUGAUGGCCACGCAGGCUGUGCCUGUUCCCAGGCUGUCAGCGAAAGACUUUUUUACUAUAUUGCUGUCUCUCUGUUACCCCAUGAGACGCUGCUCGAGAUUGAAAAUGCGGUGGAGAGCGGCCGGGCACUGCUGCCCAUUCUCCAGUGGCACAAGCACCCCAAUGAUUACUUCAGCAAGGAGGCAUCCAAAUUAUACUUUAACAGCCUGAGGACUUACUGGCAAGAGCUUAUAGACCUCAACACCGGGGAGUCGGAUAUUGACGUGAAAGAGGCUUUGAUUAACGCCUUUAAGCGACUGGAUAAUGACAUCUCCCUAGAGGCUCAAGUAGGUGAUCCCAAUUCUUUCCUCAACUACUUGGUGCUCCGAGUGGCAUUUUCUGGGGCCACCGCUUGCGUCGCCCACGUGGAUGGUGUGGAUCUUCACGUGGCCAACACUGGUGAUAGCAGAGCCAUGCUGGGUGUGCAGGAGGAAGAUGGCUCUUGGUCAGCAGUCACGCUUUCUAAUGACCACAAUGCUCAGAAUGAAAGAGAACUCGAACGGCUGAAAUUGGAACACCCGAAGAAUGAAGCCAAGAGUGUGGUCAAACAAGAUCGGCUUCUUGGCUUGCUGAUGCCUUUUAGGGCUUUUGGAGACGUUAAGUUCAAAUGGAGCAUCGACCUUCAAAAGAGAGUCAUAGAAUCCGGCCCAGACCAGUUGAAUGACAAUGAGUACACCAAGUUCAUCCCUCCCAAUUACUACACGCCUCCUUAUCUCACUGCUGAGCCAGAGGUAACUUACCACCGACUAAGACCACAGGAUAAGUUCCUGGUGUUGGCCACCGAUGGGUUGUGGGAGACGAUGCAUAGGCAGGAUGUGGUUAGGAUUGUGGGUGAAUACCUAACGGGCAUGCAUCACCAACAGCCAAUAGCUGUUGGUGGCUACAAGGUGACUUUGGGACAGAUGCAUGGCCUUCUAACGGAGAGGAGAGCCAAGAUGUCCUCGGUAUUUGAGGACCAGAACGCAGCCACCCAUCUGAUUCGCCAUGCGGUGGGCAACAAUGAGUUUGGGGCAGUCGAUCAUGAGCGCCUCUCCAAAAUGCUUAGCCUUCCUGAAGAGCUUGCGCGCAUGUACAGAGAUGAUAUUACAAUCAUUGUCGUUCAGUUCAAUUCUCACGUGGUAGGAGCGUACCAAAACCAGGAGUAGCAUGUGGGUCUUGUCCUGGCAGGUCUCAAAGCAGAGUUCAGGGCAGGUGGAUUUUUGAAAGGUAUUAACCAACAGUUCUGGUAGUUGUAUUAAGCAUUUUCCCAUUUGAGGUUGUCGCGGUCAAGUACUUAAGAUUGACUUUUUUCAGCAGAGUGGCAAAAUCUCGGGAGAGUCAUUCUGCCUACGACGCAUCUAUCAGCAUGUACUUGAGGCAAGUUAGUUCUGUAUUUAUUAUAGAGGUCUUAUGAUGUUGGCUUCUCCUCUCAGUCUGAGGAAAUCAGGAUGACCUGGAUGAUUUAGGGCAUUUUCUCUUGGUCAAAGAGAAGAAACAUGGUUCACACCUGCAGACCCCCCCCAUCUUUUUUUUUUUUUUUUGGCAUUUAAGAUUUCCAGUGUUCACGAGAACCUUUCUUGCACAAUUCCCUAGAUAUAUAGUCUAUUUUUGUUCAUAAAUAUUAUUUUUUUUAUCCUGAGGUGGUUUUCAAAUCCAGUUCUUUAACCCACAAAUGACCAAGAGCCAAGCAAUCUGAAUUUGUAUUUGUCAUUAUUUUUCUGGAAUGCUUCUUAAGCAGAAAGACAGAUUAUACCCUUCCCUGCCCCCCGGUUGCCUAGUGUAAUUGGAACUCUUUCUGUUAUGCCACGCUUGAAAUACAGUAAGUUUUAGUUUCAUCUAUUCUAAUGUUGAUAUUAAAUUUUAAAAAGUUGGUUUGCUAAUGAAAAAGCUUUAAUUUAAAAAAAAAAAAGAGCCAGAAUCAAAAGAUGAGACUGACAAAUUUAGUUAUUGUCACCGUUAGCCACCAGUACGUCAUCCUUAUGUAACCUGCAAAGGCUUGGCAUGCUGUGUGUGGUGAUGGAACUGCUGCCAGGACAUUAUAUUUGUAAUUCAGUAAUGAUAAGAAUUGUCAUUGCUUUUGGACUUUUUAAGGAUGACAUGCAAAAUAAGUGGAUAUAUCAAAUUGGGGAAUAAGGCUUAAUAUUACCUUUUUUUUGGAGUUUGAGACAGAGGAAGUUUUUCUUUUUUCCCUGCGUUACCAUAAGUCAAUUAAAAUAGUUGGUUUAAAAAGUGCUAGAUGCUUUUAAACAUAUUGUAGCUAUAAAUAGAAUGUUAAGGUAUAUAUAGUAUUUUGAUCAUAACUAUUAUGCAUGCUUGAUGCUUCAUAGAACACUCAGUGGCAUCAAAUGUGGUUCACAGCAGUCUUUAUAAUAUAUGCAUUUCCCUCUGAUGCUGUUAUCGAAGUAAAUCAAAUUAAAUAUAUUCAAUUCGGCUUUCUGGGAGCCUAUUUGAUAUGCAUCAAACUGGCAUUUUGUUUCUGUGUUUAAUGGUGAUCUGUGUGCAGCUGUGCAUAAAUUUUCAUCACUUAUUCUAGCGUUAAAGGAAUGGUUCUGAUUAUAUCGGAUAUUCAUAUAGAGUUUACUGAAAAACACGAUCAACUUUCCCUUAUGUAAAUAGGUUGUGUUUAGGAGCCCUUUCAGAUUUCUGUAGAAUAUCAACUGGAUUUACUCCUGGACUGUGGAAUUAGCUGCAACAUUUGUCCCAGCUGAGGAUAGGUUCAGGAAGAUUGCAGCCCAGAACAUCAUAUAUAUUCGGUUUUUAAAGUCUUGCUCCCUAUCCUCUCCCUUAUUUUUUCUCCCUUAUUUGAGUCAGUUAGGAGCAUUUCCGAGAAGUAUUUUGUAGAGAAUAAAAUCUCAACUGUAUAUUUAUUUAUGAAUAUUUCAAGAGACUGCAUUUUUUCAUAAAAUAUAUGUAGACUUCAGUAGAACUUAAAAUUCAUUUUCUGACUACUAUUUAAAUUUUUCUUGAACACCAUUAAAGAGUUCCAUAUUAUAUAUUUAAUAAAGCCCCAUAUCUCUACAGUAUAUUUAAAUUUAGUUUCCUGUAGUUCUAGUAAUUCUGAUCAUUACACCAAAAUGUUGCUGUACAGUUUGAAAGCCAGUCUGUUCUCUAUAGAUAUGAAAAUUCAAAAUGUGGAGUUGAAAUUGUAGAAGUGAAAAGAAUUGUAUGUUAGAAAUCAGAAUUUAAAAGCAGUUGUGAUUAUGAUUGGUUGUUAACUCUACCUAGAAUUAAAGAACACAUGUAAAUUUUUAUGGUACUUAGCUUUUCUUAAGCUUUUAAAGAAUAAACUUUCUAAUGUAUCAACUUCUGUAUUUAUAUUUAACCAUGGCUUAUAAUAUUUAUAAUACGCCCAUAAACAGUUUAUUGUAUUGGUGGCAUAGCACACAGUGCUCACUUGGAGAAAUGUGUAUAUUGUAAAAUAUGUAUCUGUGUGAAGACCUGUGAAAAGUUUAUGUAUAAUAUAGUGAAUGGUCAGAUAAAUGCCCACAGUAAAUUAAAGCUUUACAUCUGCUUUCUGGAUGACCUGUGUUGGUUUUGAAUAAAAUUCAUUACAUGCUUUC